AUGGCUAUAAGAAAGAACUUCCAUAUUGCAAUCUCUAUGUUUUUGAUGGUAUGUGUUUUUAUGAAGUUGCCAGUGUGUGUUAUUAGUUCGAAAAAUUGUUUUCGAAGACUCGAAGAAGGGGAUGUAGAUUUUUGUUCGUGCGAUCAUUCGAUUGAGGACAGGAGUUUGUCCACGUUCUCGUUUCUAGAGGCCCUCAUGUUGUGUUCAAUGAGAUGCUCACAAACAGCCAGCUGUGUGGCUUACAACUUCUUCAAUGCCACCAAUCAGUGCCAACUCUUCAAUCAAACAUUGAACAAGUUCUCUGUAAUGCCCGGCUGUCAAUACUAUCUCGAGAGAGGUGACGGUUUCAGGAUGUUAUUAAUCAUAUUAACUGAUAAAUUUAAUAAAUACAGAAGAUCAACAAAUCUUUUCUUGCCAUUUGAUUCAGAAAACUUCCCAAGUAACAAACCAUUGACGAUCACCGUGGACAAUAUGCUCCUUGAAUUUUACUUGAACGGAAAGAACAUACCCGUUGCAUCAAACUUUCCGAAUGCUAAGGUGUGGAACAUUGCAGACACGUACAACAUGACUGGCAACGUUCAUGUUAUCGCUCUCAAAACAUUCAAAAACGCUUUUGAUGGAGGUUUCAUAGCCAGCACAGCAGACAACUACAUCCUCACCAACAAAACUUGGAAAUGUACCAUGAACUAUUACGAUGGCUGGUACAAAAUCGGUUAUAAUGAUUCUAUGUGGCCUGCUGCUCGCUAUGCAAUGUGGCCAACCAGCACGGAUUACUAUCCUCCUCUCUCUCUAGCAGCCAGACACACAAGCAACAAUCAGACACAAUUACAUUUCUUUUUAACGUUCGAUCGACUCCACGUAAAGACACUUUCACUCAUAGCAGCGAUUGAGGACAGGAGCUGGUCCACGUUCUCGUUUCUAGAGGCCCUCAUGUUGUGUUCAAUAAGAUGUUCACAAACAGCCAGCUGUGUGGCUUACAACUUCUUCAGUGCCACCAAGCAGUGCCAACUCUUCAAUCAAACAUUGAACAAGUUCUCUGUAGUGUCCGGCUGUCAAUAUUAUCUCAAAAAAACAGAUGGACCUAAGAUCAAUAAAAUUCUUUCAAUAACUGUGGACGAUAUACUGGCAGAAUUUUAUUUCAACGGAAACAACAUAUCCUUACCAUUAUAUUUUCCGAAUGCAAAUUAUUUUGAUAAACCUGAUGCAUACCAACUUAUUGGCAAUUUAUACGUCAUUGGCGUCAAGUCAGAUAACAACCAAAAUUCUGGUGGUAUAAUAGCUAGCACAGCAGACAACUACAUCCUGACAAACGAAACUUGGAAAUGUACGGAAAAGUAUUAUGUCGGUUGGUACAAAAUCAAUUACAACGACUCAUUCUGGCCUGCUGCGGUACAAUCAGUUUGGCAGGAGAAUGAGGUAAAUUUUUGUUCGUGCGAUCCAGCGAUUGAGGACAGGAGCUUGUCCACGUUCUCGUUUCUAGAGGCCCUCAUGUUGUGUUCAAUGAGAUGUUCACAAACAGCCAGCUGUGUGGCUUACAACUUCUUCAAUGCCACCAAUCAGUGCCAACUCUUCAAUCAAACAUUGAACAAGUUCUCUGUACUGCCCGGCUGUCAAUAUUAUCUCAAGAGAGUUGAUGGAUUACUAGCCAACCAUAUCCUGAAUAUAACUGUGGACAACGAACUGAGAGAAUUUUACUUCAACGGCAACAACAUUUCUGUAGCUUCCAACUUUCCAAACGCAGUUUAUUGGAACCAGCCUGAUUCUUACAACUUGGAAGUUGGUGACAUUCAUGUGCUUGCCUUCAAGAUAUACAACAACGAGUACACUGGUGGUUUCAUAGCCAGCACACCAGAUGAUUACAUCCUGACCAACGAAACUUGGAAAUGUACCUUAGAAUAUUACGAUGGCUGGUACAAAAUCCACUACAAUGAUUCAUUCUGGCCUGAUGCAAAACUACAAAUCUGGAACAAGGACGCCAAACUCCUGACGUAUUUCUCCCCUAACGCCAAAUGGAUUAUUGAUUCUACAGACUGCAGAAGCUGUUUAUUUUAUUGCAGGAAGAAUUUUAUUGGUAUGUUGAAGUUUCUCACAAAUUUUACAAAUUAA